UGUUUUUGUUUGUAGAGUGCACUUGGCUUAGCUCGUGUUCGUUUUAGGGUGUGGGGUGUGGACUAUAGGAGCAAGGGAUUGGGUGGUUGUUGGGCACGCGACACGCUUACCUGCUUUAGGGGUUGUUGUUGCCGCGGAGUUGCGCAUUGUUCGCAUUGCUUGCCCCGUCGUCUUUCACUUGCCGACUGUCGAUUUGUGGUGCCUCAAAUGGUUUAAUUGCAAACGCAACGUGCUCGUUUAUUGAUUUUUGAGACUCGCGACUCCAACAUUGAUUCGUUUGCCAGCAUGAGUGUAAAGUCGAGCGCAAGGAUUAAGAAACGGCGCUCCGCCGAAGCGGCUGCAGCAACUGCGUCAACUGUCACAGGCUCGGGCUCCUUUGCCGCCAUCGGCAGUCAGCAGCGCCUUGGACUUUCCGCAGGCGGAAGCAGCAGCAAUAACAACACAAGUUUGGGCAGCAGCAACAAUAAUGCAACAUCAAAUGGCAACCAACAGCAGCAGAUCAACAAGAAGCACAAUUUUGUGGGACGCAAUCCCAACUUCGACACGGACGAGACCAAGUUGCUCAUACAACUAUGGGGUGAUCCAAAAUUGCAGCGCACUCUGAUAACCACACACAAGAAGCAUGCGGUCAUCUGUCAGCUGGCAGCCAAGAUGCAAGAGUAUGGGUAUCAUCGUUCGCCCGAAGAGAUCACUACACGCAUCAAGAAUCUCAAAUGCUUCUACAAUCGCCUCAAGAAGGACAAGGAAUGCGGCUUGACGGGUGAAACGGAACCCAGCUGGAAGCAUUUCGCUGAAAUGGAUGCCAUAAUGACGCGACCCAUAUUCAGUGUGCGUCCAAACGAGGUGCCGGCGCCAUCUCUAAAAUAUCAGCUGGAGCAGGCGCUCGAGGAGCAUGCGGAGCGGCGCAAGCGGAGACAAGAAAAUGGUGAAGAGAUGACGGACAGUGACAAUGAGGAGGAUGACAUGUUGCUCUCAUCGCUGGUGCCCAAUGGCAAAAACAAACGGGAUGCACCAGUCAAUGAGGGCAAUGCUGAUGUGCAGCUGGAUAUGGAUGCCAGCGAGGAGACGUUUGUUGUGCAUGCCGGCGACAAACGAGCGGCCGCCAAGCGACGUAAGCUUUCCUCAGAGCCCGAGCUCGAUGUGGAUGAAACGGCAGCAAAGGAGACGCCACGCAUUAAGACUGAACAGCAGGAGCCAGCCACAGAGUCAACUACAACUGUAACUGCAACUACAACAGGAGCAACAGCAAGCACAGCAACUGUUGCUGCACCAACAGCAGCUGCAACUGAGGUGGAAGAGGAUGAUGACUGCAUGCUGUUGCCAUUGCCCAAAGAGGAGCCCAUCGAUGUGGAUGCCGUGGACGAGGCAAACGAAUUACCACCAAACACAGCUACAACUGCAGCAGCGCCUGCCACACGCGGUGUGAUGCCGACGUUAGCGGACAUGCUGCAGCUGCCCAAAGCCACCAAUCUGCUGCCGUUCAGUGGCGCCAAUGUUAUCAUACCGGCCAAUAGCAUCAGCAAUAGCAUUGCCCAGCUCAACAGUACAGUAUCCACCAGCAAUAGCAAGCUAACCGCUGGGAAGAUCUCGCUGGUGCCCACCAAUUUCCUUAUGCAACCCAAACCCACGAGCAAUGCUACAGCGGCCAGCAAAGGUGUCUCUGUAGGCACAGCUUCUGGCACACAGCUGCAAUUGCUUCAGAGUGCCAUCAAUCAGGGUGCACGCUUGAUGAUUAGCGGCGCAGCGCCAACGCCAGUCCAGGCGGCGGCCAACACGGGUCUAGUGACGGGACCCGGUGGCGUUAAGUUCGUGCUGGUGAAUGCGGAGCAGGCAGCCGCCGCCAAAGUGGCCGCCACAGUCAAAACGAGUGCCGGAACAGUGGCCACAGCAGCAUCCUUGCCACACCCACAGCAGCAGCAGCCACAACAGCAGACUAAGCUGCUGCAGCCAAGUGAAUAUAAUCAGCAACUUGUUCAACAACAGCAGCAGCAGCAGGCAGUACAGCAGACGCCUGCACAGCCGCAGCAGCAACAGCAAGAGAAGAAGGAGGAGAAGCGUCGCGCACAGGAAAAGGCACGAGAGGAGCAACUGUCAAAGCGUCACAUGACAACAAUGCGUAUCAUGUUGCGUCAGUUGCUCAAUGCCCAGAACGAAGCCAAUGAGAUACAGCACAAUCGUCUCUCGCUGGAACGUGAACGUCUCGAUUGGGAAAAGUCAAUGGGUGAACGCAUCAUCACCUUGCUGCCGAGCUUGUUGCAACCAGCGGCUGCUGCAGCAUCGGUAGCAACUGCAAACGCUGUGCAACCGACUGCCACACAUCAGUCACCGCAGUUCAUUGUAUCGGGCACAGCAGCUGGAACGGCAGGACAACGCUUGCAGCCACCCAAGCUGCUGUUUACCACCGCGUUGCCCAUGACCAAUGGCACAGUGUCCAUGCCACAUAUACUGACGCCAAGCAGUGCGCUGGCCACAUCGCUGCCCAAAGUAAUUGCAGCACCCGCCCCAUCCUCAUCAUCAUCCUCAGCAGCAGGGAGUACAUCUGCAGGAGCAACUGGUGGUGGUAGCAUUAUAGCGAAGCCAGUGGAGAUUUGCACUCAAAUUAAUGAUAUUCAACUAAUAACGCCCAAGCUGGAGAAAGAGGGUUAAAAAUGGUCAAUGUCCUAGAAUUUAGAUCUAAGCAUCGUUCACAGUGAUCUCUUUCUCCUUUAAACAGAUAAUACUCGAAUAAACUAUACAACAAAUGUGUUUAUUCCUAA